ACAGAGUAUCUUUCAAACAAUAAAUAUUCAAGAUGAAGUAUAAUUAUAAAUUUCAAAAUUUACUUGGGACCGUGUACCGACGAGGAGAUAUAUUAUUUACAAACGAUGGGAACUGUGUUAUUAGUCCGGUUGGAAAUAAAAUAACAGUGUAUAAUCUGAAACAAAAUAAAAGUAAUACACUGCCAGUUGAGAGUCAUUUUAAUUAUACAGCAAUUGAUAUUUCGCCAAAUGGAUCUGUUUUAUUGGCAAUUAAUGAGCAGGGUGAGGCUCAAAUGAUAAGCCUUAUUACAUGCACAGUAAUUCAUAGAUACAAGUUCAAGCAGCGAGUGAAUGCUGUUAAAUUCAGUCCUGAUGGUCAGCAUUUUGCGGCUUGCUGUGACGAUACAGUAUUUAUAAUGACUGCACCCAGUGUAUUCACUGGUGAAUAUAGAUCCUUCAUAAUGAAGCGGGUCUUCAAGAAAGCUCAUGACGAAGUUACAUGCUUGGACUGGUCGUCUUGCGGCAAAUUACUAGCCGCAGGCUCCAAAGACACAACUACGAAGAUCUAUACUGUAGAAUAUUUAGACAACCUAAACAUGUAUUCGUUAAGUGGACACACAGAUAAAAUAGUUGGUGUUUUCUUUGAGAAGAAGAGUUUAGAUCUUAUAACGGUCAGUAGGAACGGUCAGGUGUGCUUGUGGGAUGCGAACAUUGAUCCCGAUGAUUUGGUGGUUUCGGAGGUUCAGAUAUCGCAUCAGAAAAGACGAAAGAUUAAGAAAGAAGAAGAGCUGUUGGACGAUGAUAUUAAUGAAAAGGAUGACAUAGAGAAGGAUAAGGAAUAUGAAAGUGAUAAAGACGAAGAAAUGGAAGAAACUGAAGUAAAAGAGGAAGCUAAAAGAAUGCUAUACAAGAAAUUAGGCCGACAUUAUAUAGGAGAUGAUAUUCGAAACGCUAAUCAUAAAGUGAAGUUAACAGCUGCACAAUAUCAUAAGGCUACAAAGAUUUUAGUCACUGGUUUCUCCAACGGUAUUUUCUUCCUGCACGAAAUGCCAGAUGUGAAUCUAAUUCACACGCUCAAUAUAUCGGAGCACAGGAUCAGUAGUGUGGCGAUGUCCACUCAGGGGGAUUGGAUCGCAUUCGGUUGUCCCAAUAUUGGACAAUUGCUUGUUUGGGAGUGGCAGAGUGAACAAUACGUCCUAAAGCAACAAGGCCACUCGUUAGACAUGACCUGUGUUACCUAUUCCCCUGAUGGGCUCCAUCUAGUAACAGGCGGCCAUGACGGCAAGAUCAAAGUGUGGAAUACUACAAGUGGCUUCUGUUUUGUGACCUUUAGUGAACACAAGUCGACGGUCACGGAUAUAGUGUUUAGUGCGAAUAAGAAGUUCUUUGUGUCUAGUUCGUUGGAUGGUACAGCGAGAUGUUAUGAUUUGACUAGGUACCGCAAUUUCCGAACGUUCACAUCGCCCAGUCUGGUGCAGUUCAGUUGCGUGGCGAUAGACUCGAGCAGCGAGCUGGUGGCGGCCGGCGGGCAGGAUGUGUUCGAGAUAUUCAUCUGGUCCGUCAAGUUUGGGAAGCUUUUGGAGGUUCUAGGCGGUCACGAAGCGCCCGUAUCAAGUCUAGCCUUUAGCCCCAAUCUAUCUAGCUCUAAACUAGCUUCAGGAUCUUGGGAUAAAACUGUGAAGCUAUGGAACUCGAUUGAAAGCAGUUCGGAAUGUGAAACUGUUAGGAUGACUAGUGAUGUGCUGCAAGUUGCUUUUAGACCGGAUGGGGAAGAGAUAGCAGUAUCCACACUAGAUGGGUGUAUAACAUUCUUCAACGUGACGACAUGUGAUCAAACCGGCAGUAUUGAAGGCAGGAACGAUCUGGGGUCCGGAAGGGCGGAUACUGACCUUAUUACAGCGGAGAAAAUGUUGAAAACUAAAGCGUUCACAACAAUAUGUUAUUCAGCGGACGGUUCGUGCAUACUAGGGGCCGGUAAUUCUAAACACAUUUGCCUAUACAGUGUGAACGAAUCGGUUCUGAUCAAGAAGUUUGUCAUCACGCAGAAUCGAUCCUUGGACGCUAUUAGUGACGUAAUAAACCGUCGUUUUCUUACCGAAUUCGGUAACAUGGCGCUAGUAGAAGACCGCAGUUAUUUAGAAGGUGGGGAUGUUAAUAUUCGCUUACCUGGUGUGCAAGCGGGCGAUAUGGCGGAACGGAGGGUUAAACCUGAGGUUCGUGUACACUGUGUGCGUUUUUCCCCAACCGGUGAGAGUUUCGCCGCAUGUGCUACUGAAGGGCUAUUAUUGUAUAGUCAAACUGCGGGCAUGGAUGGCACUUUUAGGCCAUACCGUCUAGAAACAGGGUCAACUCCGCUAGCAGUGAAAUCUCUCCUCGAGAAGAAAUCCUGGGGUCCGGCAUUAGUAUGUGCGUUGCAGCUAAACGAACAUACAAUCAUACAGGAGUGCGUGGAGUCCGUGCCCCCUGGAGAUAUCGACCUUACAGUAGCCAGCUUAGAUGAAGACUAUGCACACAGACUCCUAUCUACAAUAUCGAAAUUAUUAGAAGACACAAAACACAUAGAACACUCACUAAUAUGGAUCCGGGCGCUCAUACAAAAAGGGAAAAAGAUCCCAAUACCAACGUUAUUGGGCUUAGAGAAAGUUCUUACUGUGAAGUAUGGACAGUUGAGUAAAAUAUGUGACUUCAACAAAUACACGAUUCGUUGUAUCAAGACAGUGGCAGAGAUAUUGCCAAAGGAAGAUGUUGAAAUGGACAGUGAGAGUGACCAGUCGAGUGGAAGAGGGACUUUUUCGGAUUCUGAAUAAAGUUUUUAAUUAUA